UGCGGACCGAUUUGUCGUAACGGGGCAACAAUGUUUCGCACAUGCGCAGGGGUGAUGCGUCGCAGAUGACAUGGCAGAGAGCAGAAGGUUUGGCAUCAAUAAAAAAAGAAAUAAAAAAUGAUUUAGAAAAAUUUUCACAGAAUUGAAAGAUAAAUUUAUUAACUACACAGAUGUAUAAUAAAACAAAUAGUGACUGGUUUAUCGGGUAGCAUAAUGGAAUGUCGGGCGGUGCGGCAACAAUGAUCCCUCAGGGUGACAUCCAUUAUGCUACCCUCCCACCCCAGCACGCUACAGGGUACACAGUGCCACUGGCCACCACACACACAUAAAACACCCGCAGAAUAGUGUUGCAGACCCUGAAAGACCUGCGUAAAAACUACAGCCUACUUUAAACCCUUCUUCUUGGUAACCCUGAGUUCUAAGAUGGUCCAACUUACCGAAUUGAUGCCAAAUCUUGUGACGUCAGUGUCAUAUAUGAUUUGAAUAAGAUAGUCGCUUCUCAACACGGCAUUCCUCAUUGACUAUACAGUGUGGUCGUGUUAGAAGGUCAAUUACUGGAUCUGACAAGACAAACCUGGAAAAGUACACUUGCUAAAAAGAAGGUCCAAUAGUUUGUGCGCGCACUGUUAUCAGUCUUCAAGCUGUGAAAGCACAAUUCACAGAUAGUUAUUAUUGAGCAAUAAAUAUUUGUCAUACAAGCCUGGCUGACCCUAUCUUUGACAUUAAGGGUGUACGCCACUUUCUAAAUAGUCUUAUCACUUUUUUUUUUGGUCAAUGGAGGCAGAACUUUAAGAGAUUCCGCCCAUGAAAAAGAACAUGCACAUACAAUAGAGGAAGUAGGAGCAAGCGUGAGCCUCUCCUCCCAUGCAGCCCAGAGAUGCUUUCGCACUGCAGACUGUUAACAGUACAAGAGAGGAGGUGCUGGUGAGGGUCACCAUCUCAAAUAUGACAGGAACAGGAAGGAAGUGGUGAACAGAAUGAGCCAUACCUGGCUGAAAAAAAGAAAAAAGCGCUUGUCUGUUCCCUCUCUCUCUUGACAUUGCCUGUAAAUCAUCUGAUAUUCAUCGAACUUCGCUGCCAUGUAUUUACUUUAACAUUGGGCCAAUAACUUCAGCCUCAUCCUUGGUGGCACCUGUUUGAUCAUCAGGAGUCUAAAAAUGACACAGAAGUGUCCCGGGACCAGUAAUGGUACUACAGAAAGAGUAAAAGAACUCAUAGUGAUUGUAGGAGAUGGAGGCUGUGGGAAAACAUCUCUUCUAAUGGUUUACGCCAAAGGUGAUUUUCCAGAGAAAUAUGCCCCUUCAGUAUUUGAAAAGUAUGUCACCACCAUCACUCUGGGUGGGAAAGAGAUUAAACUCAACCUGUACGACACAGCAGGCCAGGAUGACUACGACCGGCUCCGACCGCUGUCAUACCAGGAGGCCAAUGUGAUUUUAGUGUGCUUUGACGUGACCAAUCCCACAAGCUUUGACAAUGUCCUGAUCAGGUAAGCACUUCCUUUGUGGUUUCCAGAAGUGAGGCAUUUCUGUCGAGAAAUUCCAGUCAUCUUAAUUGGCUGUAAAACAGACCUCAGAAAGGACAAAGAGUGUGCCAAACUAAAGGCCUUAAAUCAGAACCCCAUCACUUACAUGCAGGCUGAGGAGAUGAGACAGCAGAUGAACGCUGAACUCUACCUCGAGUGUUCAGCCAAGUAUCAGGAGCACGUGGACGAUAUUUUCAGAGAAGCUACCAGAAAAGCUUUGGCAGCCAAUCGAAGACAAAGAAACCCAAAAACGAAAAAGAAAUGUAUUGUUUUGUGAAGCCCAGCUCAAAGGCAGACUCGUAGGUGCAGUUUUACAAAUUUGCACUCACUUUGCACCAUGUUUGGACAUUCAGAGCAAGAAGUGAACAAACUGAGGUCCUGAACAGAUGAGACGACAGCUGCACGACCACCUGAUUCAUACCAGCACAAGAAAAUCCAUUUGGCAAAGAAGCAGGAAAGAGACUUGCAA